CCCUCCAAGAAAAAGUGGCUCCGGACGCGUGUGCCUGAGGAUUCCUCACAAAAGAGGUGUCCAAAAUGAAGACCCUGAUGCGCCAUGGUCUGGCUGUGUGUUUAGCGCUCACCACCAUGUGCACCAGCUUGUUGCUCGUGUACAGCAGCCUCGGCGGCCAGAAGGAGCGGCCCCCGCAGCAGCAGCAGCCGCAGCCGCAGCAGGCGGCGGCGACCGGCAGCGCGCGGCCGUCGGCGGAGAGCAGCCCCCCCUCGAGACCCCGGGCCCCCGCGGGACCGCAGCCGCUGGACGGAUACCUCGGCGUGAGGGACCACAAGCCCCUGAAAAUGCACUGCGGGGACUGUGCCUUGGUGACCAGCUCGGGGCACCUGCUGCGCAGCCGGCAAGGCCCCCAGAUAGACCAGACGGAGUGUGUCAUCCGCAUGAAUGACGCCCCGACGCGCGGCUACGGGCGCGACGUGGGCAGCCGCACCAGCCUGCGGGUCAUCGCGCAUUCCAGCAUCCAGAGGAUCCUCCGCAACCGCCACGACCUGCUCAACGUGAGCCAGGGCACCGUGUUCAUCUUCUGGGGCCCCAGCAGCUACAUGCGGAGGGACGGCAAGGGCCAGGUCUACAACAACCUGCAGCUCCUGAGCCAGGUGCUGCCGCGGCUGAAGGCCUUCAUGAUCACGCGCCACAAGAUGCUGCAGUUCGACGAGCUCUUCAAGCGGGAGACCGGCAAAGACAGGAAGAUCUCCAACACUUGGCUCAGCACCGGCUGGUUCACGAUGACGAUCGCGCUGGAGCUCUGUGACAGGAUCAAUGUGUACGGCAUGGUGCCCCCAGACUUCUGCAGGGAUCCCAACCACCCAUCAGUACCUUACCACUAUUAUGAACCAUUUGGACCUGACGAAUGCACCAUGUACCUCUCCCACGAGCGAGGACGGAAGGGCAGCCAUCACCGCUUCAUCACAGAGAAACGCGUCUUUAAGAACUGGGCACGGACAUUCAACAUUCACUUUUUUCAGCCAGACUGGAAACCAGAAUCACUUGCUCUAAAGCCUCCGGAGAAUAAACCUGUGUUCUGAGCAGUGAGGGUGCCAGACCAAAACCUCAAGUACCUACUGCAUCAGAUGCCAGGGCGCUGAACUUCCAGAGCCGGCAGACACACGAGAGGGAUGGGAUCGGGAGCAGGAAACUCCUCCAUGACCAACACGUACAGAUGGCUCGGAGGCAGGACCACCAAGCCCUGCGGUUGGUGUGUAAGGAGAAAAUUCCAGAAUUACUAUGUCCACACGAGCGUCAUCCCUUGCAAAAGGGCUUACUUGAGGAGCUAAACACCCAUGUCAGUGAUGCUGCCGUGGUCUAAAGAACAUUCUGGAUCUCUUUAAGUAUCGCCUUCAAAACCGAAGCACGAGCAGCUCAACGAUGUUAGUUGUGUUCCUUUGUAGAAAUGCCACAUCGAAAGACCUUUUUCUAUUAAGUUGUAUCCUAACCUGAUCUAUAAUCUUUGUCAUCUGUUGGGCUCUGUAUGUGUGAUUUGUAAAAAGCGAUCUGAAAGUGUGGACAUGAUUUCUGAAGAGCACAUCUCCACUGACUUUCAUAAAGCAAAUGCCCAAUAUUUAUUUAUUAAAAGUUUUUUAGUGUA